CCGCCGGGGGAAGAGGAAAAUGAGAGGUUUAGCAAGCAACAGGAAAACCGCUAAGAGAACACAUUCCAGGCGCGCAGAGUCUGGACGGAACAAUAAGGGGUGGGACAAAAAAAAACUCCAAUGCCUACGACUAUUUAAAAAUCUCUAAUCUCGCCUUUUCAUCGGGAACACGGACGACAGCUGAAGGGAUCCUACUUAAUGGGAAGCGAGCCUCUUGUGUAGCCAGUCAAAGCGGAAGGAGUCUGGGGCCGAAAUCGACGUUCCUGUCGCGGCUUUUAUCAGCGCAGAUUUGGACCCAGAUGAGAUAGACCUCAUCCAGCGCGCCGAGGGCUCAAGACACCCAUCAGCUCCGACGUGCCUUUUUUCCCCUCUCUUUCUUUUAUCCUAAUUGAUCUUUCCUCAACUACUUUCAGGGUUUGUUUUGGGUUGUUUUUUUUUUUGUUUUUUCGGUGUGCGCGGUGAAGUGAGCGGGUUUAAAGCAGAAGCGCUGCGGGGAAACUUUUGUUAUUCUUCUGAAACUGCGGCUGGUUCGUCAUCGAGGCAGCGGAUAGGAUGUGAGAUCUCUGGCCGCCUCCUGCAGCCGGGCUUUCCCACUCUUGGCGGACAGAUUUCAGUCUCAGAAUGGCCCCAGAUUUACCUCCAACGCUGCUUUAAAAUGUCUCAUUUCGAGCUGCCUGUGGUUUGGUCGACGCGUGGCCUUUUGCAUCUGUCAAGUUAAAGGUGGAGCAGCAAGAAGUGAUGGGAAGAUCAGCUCUGCUCACGGUUCUGUUAGCAGGAGUUUUUCUCUUGACUUCCACCAUUCAUGCAGAGAACCAGGAUGACGGUGAAGAAGAUAAGCUGCUGUGCGCCUGUGAGAACACCAAAGGCACAUGCACCAACGGCACAUGCCGAGGAGACUACUGCUUCUACACCUGGGUGAAGGGAAAGGAGGAACGGGGGUGUUUCUCCAGAAAACACUAUAGGGAGCAGUGUUCAGGCUCCUUCCGAGGCUUUUUUGUCCAAUGCUGCACAGAGGACAAGUGCAACGCCAUCAUCACGCCACCUCCGGAUAUUAACGGGGAACCAACAACAACGCCGCCCCCAGAGUCCCCGCGUCCUGAGCUGUGGAUCGCCGUGUCUCUCCUGCUCGCGCUCACGUUUGUAAGCAUGUGCGGCUUUCUGCUGUUCCUGCGAUUUCGCCGUGCCCCCUGCAAACUGAAAGACCCCGAAGACCACGGCCUCAUGGUCAAAGUCCCCGCUGGAAGUGACCCCACAUACGGCGAUAUCUUCGAUGAGUUUUGCACAUCAGGAAGUGGAACAGGACUUCCGUAUCUGGUCCAAAGGACAAUGGCGAGACAAAUCUCACUCGUUGAGUGUGUUGGUAAAGGCAGAUAUGGCGAGGUAUGGAGGGGGACAUGGAUGGGGGAGAGUGUGGCUGUCAAGAUUUUCUCCUCCAGGGACGAGCAGUCCUGGUUCAGAGAGACGGAGAUCUACAAUACGGUGCAGCUGCGCCAUGAGAACAUCCUGGGUUUCAUAGCCUCCGACAUGACAUCCAAAAACUCCAGCACCCAGCUGUGGCUCGUCACUCACUUCCAUGAGCUGGGGUCGCUCUACGAUUUCCUGCAGUACAGCAGCCUGGAGCCAGAGAGCUGUUUGAGGAUGUGCCUCUCGGUGGCCUGCGGCUUGGUCCACCUCCACACCGAGAUCGUCAGCUCCCAGGAGAAGCCGGCGAUCGCCCACCGAGACCUCAAGAGCAGAAACAUCCUGGUGAAGAGGAACGGGCAGUGCUGCAUCGCUGAUCUAGGUCUGGCUGUGAUCCACUGUCAGACUGAAGACUACCUGGAUAUGGGCAACAACCCUCGCGUGGGGACGAAGCGCUACAUGGCCCCUGAAGUGCUGGAUGAGACGAUCCGUGUCGAUGUCUUUGAGUCUUAUAAGCAAACAGACAUCUGGGCCCUUGGCCUGGUCUUCUGGGAAAUAACCCGCAGGACUAUUGUCAACGGGAUCGUGGAAGACUACCGGCCUCCCUUCUUUGACUUGGUGCCCUCGGAUCCCAGCUUUGAGGAGAUGAAGAAGGUGGUGUGUGUGGACCAGCAGAGGCCCAGCUUGCACAACAGACUCCACUCCCACCCAAUCCUGUCAACCAUCGUCAAGAUCAUGAAGGAGUGUUGGUACCAGAACCCGACGGCCCGCCUCACAGCCUUGCGAGUGAAAAAGACUCUCUCCAAACUGGACGUCGAAAGCGACUUCGGCGUAGAGAAGCUCAAGCGCGACAUCUAAGUUAGAACGCAAAGAAAUAUCACGGAAAAAAAACCAACAGCAAAUGUCGAACGUCACCAGCAUCAUAAGGAGCUCACCCCAGAACCGUAUGAGUGUGUAAACAUCUGCACUUAACUGCAGCCAAGUUUUUGUUUUUUUUGCAAUAGCUAAACUAUUACAGUUCUCCAAGCAAGAGGUGACAAGUCACAGGGGGAAGUUUUUUUACUCAUCAUUACAGGAUGGGAAAUCAUUGCCUGAUCACUCUUUCUGUUUUAAACCGGUUUUUCCACAAUGGCUUAAUCAUAGACAGCACAAAAGCUUAGCUUUAUCGACUAUAAAUUACACGGCAUGUAAGAAGCCAGAAGCUCUCAUCGAAGCAGAUUGCCUUUUUUUGUAAACAUGUUCAACUUAAGUUAAAGGUGCAUUUAUUACAGGCAGCAAAGACAGACUGAAGUAUUUAGUUGUACAUAUUCUAAAGGCAUUGAAGCAUGUAAGGAUUCAAUGGCUAUUUACAAUAUGGAUAAUUGUAAAUAUAUUUCGAGAGAUGUUAUUUUCUAUUUUAAAGCACAUUUUAUAUCACUUUUUUAUGUUUUUUUUUAGACGUAAAUUGUACCACCACAAUCACUAUUGUCAAGAGGGCAAAUCACAUAAUGAAAUGUUCUAUUGUAGAUCUUGAAUAAAGGUUUGUAUUUUGGAAAUAAA